UUUAACCUAAAACACAAAUGACAGCGCGAAUAAUGUCAGAAUACCAGAAAUCGCAUUGUCUGCAGUGUUUGUGGCGCUUUUUCAUGAACGGCAAAAGUGAUAAACUAAAGUACUGUGUAGUCAAGUGAGCGAUGAAAUGUGAGAAUAAAUGUUAAAAUUUGAAAAUAGAAGAGAUAACUAACACUGUGCGGGUGAAUUCAGGGCCAGAUAACAUAUUUGAAACGAUUGCCCGCAUCAAAUCUUUUUGCUUCUGUUAUUUCGUAGAUCUGAAAUAAUUCUGCUAAUAUCAAUCACAAUCGUUUCACGUCGGUUAGAUACUUGUUUUGAAUCAAGCGCCGAAACGUCCAUGAAUCAUACCGCUGAGUCGCUCUUAGUUCGCUCAUACGCGAAUAUAGCUAUAUUUUUUCAUCGACAACAACAAGAGUAUCUGAUUAGUUGAGUUAUGCUUACAGCUGCGGUUAGCAAAAAUAGAAAGCAGCGAACAAAGCCAUCUCCGAGUGUAAAUGAAACAAGCGAACAGAUGUUUCCGUAUCGGAAGCGAUCACUGACAGGUGGCGACGGCUAGGCCAGCGAUAGCUAAACAAAAAGUUUUCAAACGCGCUAAACGCGGCCAACACGGCUCCGUCAAAAUUUACCCCAUUAGCUGUUUAAAAUCGUAAGAAAUUCCGCGAGUCUUUGCAACCGCCUAAAUCGUAUCGAUCAGCCACUUAAUACCGAUUGUAGUAUAAACAAAUCCUCAGUGAAUAUUCACCCCGCAAUAUUAAUAUGACAUCGUACUUGAAAUUUUCCGCUCCUGACGUACCGCUGCUAAGGUUCAGUGCUCGACCGGCGUUGCAUUUGUGUUUAACAGACGGUUCAUCGCACAGUUCACAAGAUCAUUGUGAAUAGAAAACAAAAAAUAUGAGCAAGGGAAAGAAGCCUGGAGAUAAGAUCAAACGGUGUGACAAGGCACCAAUACGAGUCAACGAAACGCGAAAUGGGGAUAAACAUUCUACGGAAUACUGGACUGCCCCAGCAAGUGGGAUAAUUUACACCACCGGGCCGAGAAGAGUGCGUUCAAAGUCUGCCAAUUCUAAUUGUAAAACGGCAUCAAAGUUGGCGUCAGCGCGGGUCUUGAGCCCGGAAAGUGAAACGAGAGAUUUAAAUGGAAAAGUACAGGCAAUUAAAAAAAAGGGGAGCCUGUGUUGUGUGUUAGAUGAAGAAAAUCGGGACAAUAUUCAGUAUCAGCUGCCAUCGUCACCAUUUUUGCAUACUCACGGGAGGCGGUAUGAAGAAAAAGAAUUUACUGAACAGUCCAGAAAGGCGAAAAAGGUAUCGAGCCUCGAUACCGAUGCGGCUAGUUCAAGAGACCCAACUUACGUAUUGCGGAAAGAAAUACACGAUUGGAAAGUUCACGAAGCUCUGACUAACAGAGUCGAAAAUCUCCUGAGCGAAAUUGAGACAACGUCACCACCCGAAGACCGCACCAAAGCUCCGCGAACAUCGGCUAGAACUCGAAUGAAAGCUUCCGAUAAACUUCCACCCGACUUGCGAGAAAAAAGUACCGCAAACGUUAUUGGAAAUGACUUCAGUGACACAAGGGCAUCUAAAAAUCCUGUGGCAACGACAAAUCCCUGCCGAACAUCUAAUCAUACAGUAACAAUGUCCAAAUUACAUAAUUUUCACACAGAUGAAGAGGGUAGAAGAGGCAUUCAAAAGCAGAAGUACCCAUUAGAUGACUACUUGAUCAAUGGCAAUCUGCAGUCUUGCACACAGGCAUCUCUGCUAUCACCAAUUAGUCCUGUAGCUAGCCCGGAAACGGCAGAUGUAUUGCAGAAUGCGGAGAGGCUUGUAAAAAAUGCACAGCAACAAAUUAUGGAAGUUAGUUUUGACUCAGCUCUACAUACCCUUGACGAGAAUCCGACAAGUUACAUAGGACACGAGUGCUUGGAUGAGAGUUUACUGCACAUUUGUGAGAUCGUUGAAUCCAAGUUCCAAGAAUGUAAUAACCCAAGUAGAAUCUGCGGUGAGAAAGACUUGAUGACAAACGUACCUACUUCUAGCAGAGAAUUGAAAUAUGAUAAACUUCCUGUAAAAGAAACUGAUGGCACAGUUAAUAAGCCAUUGGAAAUAUCAGAACAGAAUUACGAAUUUUAUGCAAACCAGUUAGCAAAUGGGGUAUAUUUACACAACAAGCAGCCGUUUUUUCAAAAGGCACCUAAUUGGUUCAAGAUCGAGCCACCCAAACAAGUUACUGUUUUUCCAGUAUCUACAACUUGCAGUCUAAAAUCCAAAAGCAAAAGUUCGUGCGUGAUUCAACAACACUGUGAAACAACUAAUACUGGAGUGGUCGAAAUUAAUAAUAGAGAUCAUCAAACCAGCAAUAUGCAAGUCCAAGAAGGACCCAGAGUGGAUAUUCGCGGUGGAUUGACAAUUCAAGCCAUUGAAAACAUUCAUAUAUCACCGAAGUCCUCGUCGGUACCAAUUUAUAAUAACACAGCUUCGUACUGCUAUCAGUAUGAGGCAUCAUCAAAGUCAAAUUUCGUCGAUUCAAACAGAACUCGUGUAGAUGGUCAUAGUACAACUAACUCAAAUGCAAGGACUAUGUACGAUACUGGAAAAGAUGUCCAAAAAUCAGUAAAUCCAGAAAAUGAUGACAAUGUUGGCAGUAAUGUUCCACAGGAUCAAACUAAAUCUAGUCACGCAAACAAAGAUACGACCGAAACGGGGCAAACUUUCAUUACUAAUACUACUAAUGUUAAUAAUAAUGAUAAUAAUGAGAAUGAAAAUCGCAGCCAAUUGGACUUGAGUAGUACCAAAAACAGAGUAUCCAUUGACAGCGCACUUGUUGACAAUGUUAAGCUGAAAAUCUCACCAACCAAUAAUGAAAAAGUAACUGCACCGAAAACAACAAAUGAGCUGGUAUAUGGUUUGAAAGAAAACGGAAAUUUAAAAAAGUCCGUCAGUAUAAAUUUAACUCCAGUUACAACUCCUUUCUAUCAGGAAGUUCCCAUAACAGACUCAGAGUUUAAAACGGAUAAUGAGCAAAAAGAGACAGAACCGCCGUAUGUUUCCCAGGAUCACGUCGAGAUAUUGUCAAAUUUGGAACUCACUCACAUACGUUCGGAUAAAAAUUAUACACAACGUACGCAAAUCUGUACUGACGAAUGCGAGACUGGUUCAUGUUCAAGGAAAUGCGAGAGCGAUGUUGUACAUAGAGAAAAACAAAGGUUGAAAGAGGCGUUAGAAACAAUAGCCAAUAUACAGAAGAUCAGGUUUGAUGUAAAAGAUACCGGUAUUGUUCCAGCAGAGUGCACACAGAUAUGCAAGGAUAAAAACCGUUGUAUCGCAGAUGAAGGUGUUCUUGAACCAAAAUCAAUAAUGGAGCCUGAAAAAUUCAAAGUAGCAUUGGAGAAGCUUUGCACCUUUAAUCAGAAUGCCAGUUCUAAAAUAUCUACUGACUCUAAGAUUUGUCAAGAGGCGAUUGAUGAUUUUGUUAAAAUGUUUUAUGGUUCAGAUGGUCAGUCCAAGUUUGCACAGGAUAAUCAUAAACCUUCGGGUUCAAGUUCACAAAAUAAGCAUGGACCUUCAAAACAAAAUGAACGUAAUACUAAUAAUAAGAUAACUAAGAAUAUUAGAACUGAAGCAAACAACGAAGAGACUGUGACAGCUCCAAAACAGAUGAAAUUAAUUCCUGAGCAAAAACAGAUAAAGAAUCGACAAGUAGCAAAUAAAAAUAACAAACCCAAAACUACAACAACAAAUGGAGAUCCACCAACAUCGAACAUCAAAACCAGUCGACCAAAAACAUUCACUAAAGAUGCCAAGUCUCCGGCACCCCACAGUCAAUUCCCAAAAGACAAUACUUCUGAACAGGAAAAAAUCCCAUUGAACUUGACUUCUAAACAACAGCAAGUUAGUCUGGAAAAUUUGAAUUUACCAGAACCUUGUGUGUCAGAUGUUGAUGCGAUUUUGAAUAUGUACCGAGAAUCCAUGGCAGCCAUUUGCCAAGGUACCGAAAAAUUGUCGCAACUAAUAUCACAUCAUAUAAUGAAAAAUGCCCGAUCUUCUUCCGAUCAGAUUUCAUCUCCACCUGUAGUCGGUGAGAUAUAUGAAGAGAGUUCUAUCAAAUCUACAUCCAAUUUGGUAUCUUCUAGCUCGAAGAAAACGUCACCACCGUUUCAUUCUGCUCAAGAAACAUUUUCUACAGACCAAUUCCCCAUCCGAAUUAUGCCGUGCUCUAAUAAAAUACGAACUACGAAAAUACACCAACAAAUAAAGGGAAAGGAUAACAUUCCAGAACACGAAGAUUCGCCCAACCUUUCAUUACGGGAUGAUACAGAAAGUAGCAGUGAAAAUAAUUCAGUUUGUACCGACCAGAAGUCAGCAAGAAAUGAACGUGAAACGGCAUGUAAUAGAAAUCUUAUAAAACAGCGAAAUCUAUCGGACGUCAUUGAAGAAAGUAGUUCUGUACAUUUUGAUGUUGUAGACGAUGCGAGUAAUUCUCAAAUAAUAACAACUGCCCAACCUGAAAUUUCAAUGAAUAACAGUCCACAAUUUGCACCAGCACAGCACAGAGUUGCAAAAAAUAAACGAAAACCAGGUGCGACCCAAUUUAUGGAUGUUCAAUAUUGUAUAACUGAACCACUUGCAGCACCAAUGUCGAUUGGAAUGACAUUAGAUAAGAAGAGCUCGCUAUCGCAGUCUGCCUUAAGAAGCCCAUUUUCUGCAUAUUUAAAUUUAGAAAGUGCUUGCGAUAAAGAUGCAAAGCUACAUCGCCACUCUAAUUAUGAUAUUCAUAGCGAUCGGACUUCAGACAUUAAUUUGUAUAAGUGUCCAGUAUUAAUAUCUGGAUAUAGUAAUAACUUCAAGGUAUCGGAUAAUCAUCCAGAUGACAAGUUGAUGGUGGAAGGAGGUGUUGCACACACCAAACAAGUAGAGCUGCAAGUAUUCAACAAAAUUCUUGAUGCUAUGAAAAAUUCUUCGCAUUUUAUGAAUCGGUUUGUCAUUUCUAUUUUGAAUGGAAUGGAAAUUCACUCUAUUAACAACAUAGUGAGAAACUUGGAAGAUGCGGCAGUGCAUCCUAAUAUCAUUGAGCAGCUUUUGAUAAUACUGAGAGAACGAAGUAGAGAUAAUUCUUCGACUGGGGAUAUACCAGACUUUGUACAGAACCAUGAUACAAUCAAUGAUUUAAAAAAUUCUAUUGGCUGCAAAGGUGCUAUGGCAGCAACAAAUAUAGAUACCGAUAGUAGAAAUGAUGACCCAGCUGUUCUGCAUCAUAGUCCUAAUCAGGUAAAUAAGAGCUGGGAUCCAGCAGAGCGAGAGACAAAUUUGAAGUUAAACGUUAAUGAAUAUUAUGCGUAUUCACAUGAUAGUGCCAAUAGCCACGUUGAUAAAGCUCUUGAAGUUGAAUUACAAAACCAACCAGUGAGCAACGAAAAUACUAAGAACGAUCGGGUGAAAAUACCUGGCUCAAUUCUGGAAAAUAAAUCUUGUAUAUCUGAACCGUCAUUAGGCAUAACUUGCAAUAGUUCAAGUCAGAAAAGAUUUUCUGAAAUUGGAGCAGAGUUACAGGACGAUUACCAAAGAGUAGAAGUAAAAUCUUUGGGCAAAGAGACUUGCUGUACUAAUGAAAUCACACCAAAGAAUAAAAGUGAUCCGCAUGAUAUUAUCGAAAACUCAACUUCUGUUAAUACAGUUUCAAAAAAACACGACAGCGAUAACUGCACCGACAAGGAUAUUAGCUUCUUAAUCCCGUACGAUAAUGAAUCGAAUAGCAAAAUUGACAAUCUAUCCGAUGUGGGAGAUUUUACUAGCAUUACUUUGAACAAUGAAUCAACAGGUAAAACUAUGGGAAUGCAAAUAAAAAGAAACUGCCAAAAUGGUUUAUGCACCAAUUCUCCGUCCCAAGGGAUGCGGACAAAAAUGAAUUCGAAUGCAGGUGCUACGCAGUCGUCAACGGUGACUAAUAAGACUAAAACAACGUUGAAAAGGUCUGAUGAUCUAAUAACGGCUAGUACAAAUUCAAGUGGAAAUCGUCAAAUGAAUGAUAGAAAUAUCAUGUGUAAAUGUAAAACAUGCGACAGCCAUGAAGUUUCAAAAACAGAGAUACGUCAUGUCGUCAGUCAAUCAUUGGUAAACCCAGUUAAUAAACUAGCUGUUUCGCAAAUUCAAGCCAAUUACAAUCACGAUCAAAUAAUGGAUUUACAACCAAAGACUGCUCGCAAUAAUCCAAACUUGAUGACUGUAACAAAUGCAGGAACAAGCAAUAAAAGGUCCAAACCAUCAAAAUUAGCUGUCACCUCAAAAAGUCAUAUGAAAAAAGCGGUAGAUUCAAGUAGAACAAACAGCAAGAAAUCGAAUUCGUUCAAAAAGAAAGUUAAAGGGGAUAAAAAAGUAUCUCGUGAUAUUAAAAAAGGUUCAAGAAAGUGCGUUGAAAAGACACAAAGUAGCGAUUCAGAGAAAUCUAAUUCGAAAAAUGAUUGUGCCUUGUGUAUACAACUUGUUGGAACGUGCAAUUGCCUUGAUUGUACGAAUUGCGUGAUAAAUUGCACAAGAUGUAAGGAAAUAAUGAUGAAAAGGAAUAUCGAGAAAGAAAAGCUAUCCAAAAGUGCAUUGUCCCCGCGUCAUGAGAAUUGUUUUAAAUUCCUGGAACAAAACGCUGAUAAACUUACGUUCUCAACGAUAUCGAAUUCUGCCCUAAAAGAAUUAUCUUCUAUGCCAUUAGAAUCAAGCAAGAAAGCUCAUGUUAAAAAUAGAGAUUAUUGUCAAGGAAUACGAAAAAUGAACGAAAACCUGACUGACCAAAAAGAUGCAGUUCCGAAGAUGCGACAAUCAAAAUUAAAGCCACACUCUAGCAUGUUGAGUUGUUUCAAUAACAACAACGGGUCAAUUAAUUGCAAAACAACAGCAAUUAAAAAAAUUUUACAAGAUGCUGCUUCCACUGCAGGUAAUUCAAAAGUGGAAGAUAAAGUGCAGAAUACAGAAAACAUCAUACCACACGUCACCAUAUGCAAGAGUACAGAAAUGUACGACAUGGGAAAAUAUAGAAGCCUCAUUCCAUGUAAAGUUACAGAAUCUUUGUGUACAGGAGAAACAAUUGCUCAAGAACCGAGAGGGCUUUUACCAAGAAAGUUAGAUAAGCAUACAGAAAUUGAUAGAGUCAAUGGACCAAUAGAUAAAACAACAAGCACGAUAGAAUCCAGUAAGCAUGAUUUGGCGACACGGAAUUCAACAGAAAACUAUAGAAUUACCAACUGUGAGAGAACGGGUAAUAUAAACUGUACAGUUAUGACAUCCACAGAAAUAAAAGAUUUUUCCACAAAGGAAUUGCAAACGUUAACGACACAUAAUGAUUCUCACAAACAUGAAGCUAUUCACUUGAGGACUGAUCCAGAAGUAGGAGUAGUUUCAGUACCAAAAGCAGUAUGUGAAAAACUGUUCGACGAUGCCACUAUUAUAGUGCUUCAACCAUUAAAUGAAUUGGACCAUACAUUUUUUAUUGCAAAACCAAAUUGUUUAGAGCAGAAUAUAAUUAAAGAAAAAUUAAAUAAGAAUUUUAACACUAAAAACACCGGAAUAACCGAUCGAAACCAUCUUUCAGUUUGCAAUCUCAGUCAGCGAGAAAAGCAGUCUCAAGAAGAUUUAAUCCAAUCAAACUACAAUAUUGCUCAACAUGUCAAUUGUGUUGACAAAAGUAUUGGCAAAGAUAUUGAACUUACUAAUGCCAGAAGUGGUUCGAAUCGUGUUAAACAUCAAGAUUGUCAAAUUAAUUACCCAGGUGAUAGGGUGCAGAAUUCAACUAGUAAUAGACAAUCAAGUGUGGCGUUUGCUCCAACAUACGAAAGAAGUUCCAUGACUCGCUUCUGUGAGAAAUUGCACGAAUGCGAAGAUUUGUGCACAAAUGAUAGCGAUUGUCUUGAAAUAUGUCCUCAGUCAUCACCAAAAUCAUACGAUUCAAGGUUUCAUUGUCAACAAGAUUGUCCAAAUGAGGAAAUCUGUCAUAAAAUUUGUUCGCAGGACCCUCAUUGUGAACAAUCGUUGCAAACCAAUUCAGUUAACAUUAAUGCCAUAUUGGAAAAAUUUAUAAAAGAAAAUAACAUGCCAAAUGUGAAACUGCCAAUUGUUAAACCACUUCUUCAAGAAUUGAAGAAAGUCAAGGAUUGCUUAAGAGUGGAAAUAGAAAAACUAGAAAUAAUAUAUGAAGAUUCAGAGUCGCAUACUGAUGUCGGCCAGGCUAAAAAAGAAAAUGGAGGCAAACUGGUCGAAGGAGCUAGGCCGAGAUAUAGUACAAAUGACCCUCAUCAAGAUAGUGUACAAUACGAAGAAUCGGAUGAAAAGUUACAAUGCAUAAUUAAGAAUAGAAAGAGCCUUAGUGUUCCAAAUGUUGUACGAGAUGUUGCUGACAUGCAUCCAUCUACAAAAUUAGAGCGCUUGAAAAUAAGACCUGCAGAUCCCCUUGUCUCUGGAAAUUUCAGUAAAUCAGAAUCAGACAGAAGAUAUUCAGUUUUCAAUAAACAAAAUACUGCGUCAUCAAUUGAUUUGAAUGAUCCAAAAACGAGAGAAUAUUUAGCAUCUCUGAAACAUAGCCGCGGAAGAGAAGAAUCAUCAUCAGAUCAUUCAAUGGACACAUUGCAAUCAACAGUAAUGAACACUGCUCAAAAAACGCCAACACCAGGGAGAUCCAAUGAUAAGCAUGUAUCCAAGUUGCAUAACAGUAGACGAGGUAUGGAUGCCGAUGCUGUUUGUUCAAAAAUAUUGAAUGAAAGGCCAGGCGAGCACGAUGACAAUUUAACUAAAUCAUUUGAAAGUUGCGAUUUAGAGCCUGGUGAAUUUUUACAUGUGCGAUCACCAUUAGACGAACCUAUGCUUUUUUGUUUGGAUUAUAGAGUAGUUGACACGGAAAAUCCGAAAUCGUUGCGCAACCUAACAAAGUUCAGCAACCGUGAUGAUAAAAGUGGUUCAGCUACAAACGCACAUAAUACAAUUACACCAACAACACAACCGCAACCUAAAUCUCUUGAAAAUGAGUCUGAAUCUGGUUUUAAUUCUGCAAAAAUGCUUUAUGCAGUAAUGCAAGAUAAAGAUGAUGAAAAUCAAUCUAUCGGUAAGUCUGAUAGCGUCUAUGCUGUUAGAUCGAAGCCCUUCAAAUAUGUGGCCAACGGAAUUGUAGAAAAAAUUAUUGAUAAAGAUGAAAAUGUAAUGAUGCAAAGUAAGUCGAAUCCUGAGAGCUCAAUAAGUAUGAGUACUGAUGACGGGUUCACGGAUAAAAAUCUACCAAAUUUCCCGGACAAGGAAAGCGAUACAGUUAAGACAUGCAAUUUAUAUUCAGCUACUGAAAAUUGCGAGUCUUUGGUGACAAAUAGAUGCGUUAAUUUGAUGAAUGAAAAAAAUAGCUGUGCAAUUAUUAGUAAGAAUAAAAAAAAAGGACAUGCAGGGAAAUGUUCUGACUUUCAACAUUCUGAUGGUGCUGAAUACAGCAAUAGACCAGAGAUCAUUGACCAUUUUCUAGGCAAAACUAAGCUUGAAGACAUGAAGAUAAGAAUCAAGAUUCACUUGACACAUAUUCCGAAGGUGAAAUCAAUUGGCCGAGCUCGUGCUCGUAUUCUAUGGGUGAAGUCAGAAUCUCCACACCGAGUUGUACAACCAAAGGCAGAACUUUCAAAGAUCCAGAAGGUUUGACGAUACUUGUGACCAAGAGCAUUCUCGACUCAACAUACGCUACAUGCAAGUCACCAGGAGAAAUUGUGACGGAGAUUAAAGACAUGGAAACGGAUGUUUCCUCCAGUAUAUCAUAGAUCACAAUGCAUGGCUAGAUGAGCUAUUAGAAUAGAUUGUAAUGGUACUUUCUGAGACUGCACGUAGUAAAAAUGA